UAAAAGCAGAAAUAUCGAUGCAAUGCCAGUUCUUUGGGAACCACAAACAGAGACCAGCGCUUGUUUCUAAGAAAAUGCUUGUCUUCAGAAGAAAUUCGGGUGUUCAUUUAGCAGUUCCACUUGCGUUGUUAGCGCUAGGAGUGUUGUCAGCUGCAGCUCUUCAUUAUGAAUGUCCCGAGCCUGUUGAUAUUUUUCCAUGCUACUGUGAAGAAGAAGAUGAAGAAGCUAUGAUGUUCUGCAAUCAUUUUUGGAAACCUGAUCAGAUAUAUAAGUCCAUUAGAGGUUUGAAAAAAAAUAAUGGAAUUUACAAAAUGUCUUUCUUUAUGAACAGAAUUCUGGAACCCGUAAAUGCCGAUGCUUUUAAAGAUGCUCCUGUCGAAAGGAUAAUGUUUGAAAAUUCGACAGUUACUCUCUUGGCUCCUCAGUUUUCGGGACUCGAAGAUUAUCUUGUCAGCUUGCAAAUGAGAGCUACUUUUAACAAAACAAAUCCUGUAGGAUCAUGGUCCCUUAGUCAUUUAACAAAACUCAAAGAGCUUAUAUUCGACAAGAACAAAAUAAUGACACUUGAAGACGAUUGGUUAGCAAGUGCACCAAAGUCCCUGAGAUCUAUUUCAUUGGAAAAUAACAAUAUUAUUACGCUCGGAGACAAAGUAUUUACCAAAGCCACAAACGUUAUGUUUCUGAUCUUGGAUGGAAACAGACUUACUGCAAUGAAGCGAAGUAUGUUCCCUAGUCCAGCUGAAUCACUACGUUCCUUGAGUCUCAACUUCAAUCGUUUGCGAUACCUUCCAUAUGAUCUGUUCGUAGACAUGCCAAAUCUUCGGAUUAUAGAGAUUCAACAUAACAGACUAACAACUUUAGAGGAGCCAAUCUGGUCUGUAAUGUGGUCCCAACUUUCGAAAUUAGAUCUUUCAGAAAAUCCAUUGGAAUGCGAUCGCUCAUUGAAAUGGAUUGUUUCUGCUGAUACAAAGCCUGUGCUUCUGUAUGGAGAAUGCCAAGCACCAGAGAAACUGAAGAAUAAAUCCUUGAAAUCUUUGACGAUGGCAGAUUUUAGUUAAAGUAGAAGGGAAAGGAAAAGGCUUUUUCAAUACAAAUAAAGUUAAUAUUUGUGUUCUAAAAGUUAA